GGAGUCGAAGAAAAGCCAGAGAGAGAGAGAGAGAGAGAGAGAGAGAGGCAAAGGUGAAUAUAAACUGAAUUAAUCAAAUCAGCAGUGGAAAAGUAAUGAUAAAACCUCAACAAUUAUUUAUUUGAUUUCUUCGGUCAACAAACUACAACGAGAAUGAAGGUGGAUAAUAACGAAGGCCGAGUCCCUCCCUUGGUAUACUCGUAAGUGUUGUCACCCAACCCUGAAAUUCUUCGUUCUUCUCAUCUGGGGCAGGGAGUUGGGAUUCGUGAAUUGAGUCUGGAAAAUUUCUGUUGAUUUUUUUUUUUAGUUUAGAGUGGAUUUUGGCAUCUGGGUUUUGGAUUUUUAGCUGAAAGUUUGAAUUUUUGUGGCGUGUUUUUGUUUUUCCUAACAAGGGCAGAAGGCUAAAGGGGAGUUUGUUUGUUGGGUGAUUGAGAUUGGGAAAAUAAGGGCUUGGUGUGAUCUUUUGUGUUAGAUAAGCGGGUCGGGUUUUAGUUUUCGGAUGAAAAGGGGGGUUCUUGGCCCCCUUUAGUGCAUUGUUUUCAGAAAUACAGGCAUAGAAUUAGCUUCUGGGUAGCCUAAGAUUAUAAUUGUUCACGAAAGCUGUGUGAUUCAGUCGGCCGGGAGUGGUUUUGCAAAAAGCUUUUGGAACCUUAGAUACCGGUGUGCUUUGAGAGGGUGGAGUUUUGUUUGUUUGUAUGAACUAUGUUGAGACAGAUACUUAAUAAGCUUCCCCGGAAGUCUUCUUCUAAGAAAGCUGAGAAUCGUGAUACAUUGUAUUCGAAUGCUCCCACCAAUUCAAGAAGCAGUGAUUUGGGGACCAGUAAGUCUGGGAAUUUGACUACAUCUUUCCCACCAGGAAAUUCUGUUCCAGACACGGUGAAAAGUUACAGCAACAAGAAUGUGAGGGGUGCAAAUUUGAAGCCGAAUGGUUUCGUGCUCUCUUCUUCUUAUGAAGCAUUGCCUGGAUUUAGAGAUGUUCCAAAUGCGGAGAAGCAAAGCUUAUUUAUUAAAAAGGUGAGUUUGUGCUGCGUUGUAUUUGACUUUACCGACCCAACAAAGCACCUGAAAGAAAAGGAGAUCAAGCGGCAGACACUAUUAGAGCUAGUGGAUUAUGUGACUAAAGCAAACGGUAAAUUUUCAGAAGCUCUUAUGCAAGAGCUUGUAAAAAUGGUGUCUGCAAAUUUGUUUAGGGUGUUUACCCCACAGCCUCGUGAGAAUAAAGUUGCAGAUGGCUUUGAUUUGGAAGAGGAAGAACCUUCAAUGGAUCCUGCAUGGCCUCAUUUGCAAGUAGUGUACGAGUUAUUGUUAAGGUUUGUCGCAUCACCUGAGACAGAUGCAAAAUUAGCUAAACGAUAUAUUGAUCACUCGUUCAUUCUCAAGUUGCUGGAUCUUUUUGACUCUGAAGAUCCUAGAGAAAGAGAGUAUUUGAAAACAAUACUGCACCGAGUUUAUGGAAAAUUUAUGGUGCAUCGCCCAUUCAUUAGGAAGGCCAUCAACAACAUCUUUUAUCGUUUCAUCUUUGAGACUGAGAAGCAUAAUGGGAUUUCUGAACUCCUAGAAAUUUUGGGCAGUAUUAUAAAUGGAUUUGCUCUACCACUGAAAGAAGAGCAUAAAUUGUUCCUCGUUCGGGCUCUAAUUCCCCUGCAUAAGCCAAAAUGUUUAGCUAUGUACCAUCAACAGUUAUCUUACUGCAUUACGCAGUUUGUAGAGAAAGAUUGCAAGCUUGCUGAUACUGUCAUUAGGGGUUUACUGAAGUACUGGCCGAUCACUAAUAGUUCAAAGGAAGUAUUGUUCCUAAGUGAGUUGGAAGAAGUGUUGGAAGCAACUCAGCCAUCUGAAUUCCAGCGGUGCAUGGUUCCCCUCUUUCGCCAGAUUGCUAAUUGUUUGAACAGUUCUCACUUUCAGGUGGCAGAGAGAGCUUUAUUUUUGUGGAACAACGAUCACAUUGAGAACUUAAUCAGACAGAAUCGUAAAGUACUGCCUAUUAUCUUACCUGCAUUGGAGAAAAAUGCUAGAAAUCACUGGAAUCAGGCUGUCCAUAGCUUGACCCUAAAUGUCCGAAAAAUUUUCAACGAGCUUGAUCCUGAGCUUUUCAAGGAGUGCUUACUCCAGGUUCAGGAAGACGAGUCAAAGGAGGGCGAGGUUGCCGCACGGCGUGAAUCCACUUGGAAACGCUUGGAAGAAGUUGCUGCAAAGAAAGCUGCGAGCAACGAACCUGUGCUUGUUUUCGGCAAAGCACCUCCCAGCACUACCUCGCUUUAGCCGGAGCAAGAGACUUGCUGACAACACAAUGACAUCAAAUUCUGUUAAUCGAAAACGGGAUUUGUAGCACUGUGACGUGGUUCGGGUGGUUCGGGUGCUUGUUUUCAAAGAUCAUUGUGUAUGUUGUAGUUGUAGCUAGGAAAUGGUUCUGGCAGAUAACCCCGGUCCAAGAAAACAUUCUGCCUUAUUGAUUGUUUUGUUUAAAAGUUAAUUUUCUAGCUCCUCUUUCAUCCA